CUUGACAUGACCAGCGAGCCAGAGGAUACGCCGACGUACAAGGCGCAGACGAUCAGUCAGAUCUUCCAGUCGGCAAUCGAUAGCGAUGCUCGCAUGAAGAGCUCGACGGUCACACUCUCGACAGAAUAUCUCCGUCUCCUCGCUGUGGAGCUUUUCCAUGCAGCCAAGGACAAAGCGAGACAGGACAGCGCUGCGGGUGGCUCCAUCAAGCCCGAGCACCUCGAAGUAGUCCUAGCGGGCGUGUUGCUCGACUUUUGAGUCUCGCUGGUCAUCUCACUCGCUGGAAUUACAACAGACACUCCGGAUCCCAGCGCAAAGACGGCGACGCGACGACUUGCUCGACGUGACCGAGCCAUAGACCGACCCAUCUAGACUGGUCGCCGGCCCUCAAACGCCAAAUCCGAGCAACAGUACAGCCGGGAAGAGCAGCAGCUCUGUCCUUAUCAGGAAGGGCAGCGCGUUGUAGCCGAGAUCUGCAAGCGAAGCUCGUCAA